AUGACUAGAACCGCCACCAUCAAAAGAGACACCAACGAGACAAAGAUCCAGAUCGCCGUCUCCCUCGACGGAGGGCCGCUCUCCGUGGAAUCUUCCAUCUUCGAUAAGCCAAAGUACGACGAACACGCGGCCCAAUCAACGUCCUCGCAAGUAAUCCAGGUCCAUACUGGCAUUGGAUUCUUGGACCACAUGCUCCACGCUUUGGCCAAGCACUCUGGCUGGUCGUUGAUUGUGGAGUGUAUCGGCGACUUGCACAUCGACGACCACCACACCGCAGAAGACGUGGGCAUCACCUUGGGGUUGGCUUUCCACCAGGCGUUGGGCCAGGUCAAGGGUGUCAAGCGGUUUGGAACCGGAUUUGCGCCCUUGGACGAGGCUUUGAGCCGUGCCGUGGUGGACUUGUCGAACCGUCCUUACGCAGUGGUGGAGCUAGGCUUGAAGAGAGAGAAGAUCGGGGAUCUUUCGUGUGAGAUGAUACCGCAUGUGUUGGAGAGUUUUGCCCAGGGUGCCGCCAUCACCUUGCACGUGGACUGUUUGAGAGGCUUCAAUGACCACCAUCGUGCAGAGAGUGCCUUCAAGGCAUUGGCAGUGGCCAUCAAAGAGGCCAUAUCGUCCAACGGUACUAACGACGUGCCCAGCACCAAGGGAGUAUUGUUCUAG